CGUAGCCUUUGGUCCUGCGUUGCCUGCAGUCGGCUCAGUGCAGUGGCCAUAUUUGUUGAUGUGUCACCUCACUAGGAGCUAACAUAAGGACGGUGGGCACGCUGCGUUGUGACUGCCUGUAUAACAUUCAUACUGAAUGGACCUAACAUAACAGGUGUGGUGUGUUUGGAGAGCAUGGAGCAGUUUGACUGUCAGGGAGAAGAGCACCCAACUCCCGAACCUCCUCACAGCACAGACGUCAGCUCAGCAUGCACAGGGUCAUCACAGGUCAGCGGAGAGGAGCUAAAAGGUGUAGUGGAGGAUGUUGAAGCUGAACAAGACAGUGUGUUGGACAGCAUUCAGUCUGAAGGUGCUGACAGGCUAGUGCUGAGACUGGACCUUUCUAAACAAGACCACGAACGAGCAACUGCAGAUGAUGGACAAGGGGAUGGCAACAGCAGCUGUGACAGUGGAACCGCUUCUAUAGAUGAAAUCAGGACUCCUCCAGCUCUUCCUAAUGAACUUGUUGAGACAGGGCCUCCUGUUCUGGAUGGAAUAGUUGAAGAUUUGCUUUCCUCCCAAUGUACAGAAGACCAAAAAGAGGCCUCUUCUUGUGUUCCGGAAGAUGCAAAAGAAUCUUGUGAGUCAAACAAAACAACUUCACUUGAAGAAGGUCCUCUAGGGGAUGCUCCCGAACCUCAAGGUCUGAGCAAUCAGAAAGACAAAGUGACAAACUCUGAUUCAACAGUUUCAAAACAGCAUGAGGCUAAUCACUCACACUCAAUGUCCAGUGUAAACCUGUAUGAUACAGACUGCAGCAGAAAGCUAAUAUCUGAGAUCCAGCGUGCCGUUUCUCAGGAAUCUCUGCUGGAUGAGUUGGAGUCAGAACUGCUGAGCUGUCAGGUACGGGAUGAAUUCAGCAGCAGAACAAGCCCUCCGAACGGUCUGCCUAAGGAUCAGGGCUCCAUGGUUGCGUUCGAGAAGUGCGUCCAGUUAAAGUACUCGCAACAGGAAAAGGCCAUCAAAAGGUUGCUGGAUGAGAAUAAGAAACACCAGGAGUUGAUUCUGGGCAUCUGCUCUGAGAAAGACAACAUGAGGGAUGAGCUAAAAAGGAGGAUGGACACCGAGAAACAACAUCUUUGCACUAUUAAGAAGUUUGAGAGCAGGGUGGAGCAACUAUUAAAGGAACUGAAAGAAUCCAAGGACAAACUGGUUCACCAGGACCAGGCAGCUAAAAGCACCAUUCAGCAGAUGCAGAGGGAGAUGUCCUUCCGCCUUGAGCAGGCUAGUAAAAAGUGUGAGGAGGCACGCCAAGAGAAGGAAACCAUGGUUAUGAAGUAUGUGCGAGGAGAAAAAGAGGCACUGGACCUCCGUAGGGAAAAGGAACAAUUAGAGAGAAAGCUCAGAGAGGCAACAGCAGAGGUGGACAAACAAGCCAGAAGAGGGAACCAGCUGGCACAGGAGAAAGGACGACUUCAGCAGCUACAUGAAGCCAAAGAGAAUGAAAUGAGCAGGCUAUCUCGGGAACUGGAAAAGCUUAAAGAUGAGAUCAACUCUCAUAUCAUCAAGGUGAAAUGGGCCCAGAACAAAUUAAAGAGUGAGACAGAUGCUCAUAAGGAAACAAGAGAUAAGUUAAGAGAAACUACUGCCAAACUGACGCAAGCGAAAGAGGAGACCGAACAGAUCCGCAAGAAUUGCCAAGACAUGAUUCGUACAUAUCAGGAGUCGGAGGAAAUUAAGUCUAAUGAAUUGGAUGCAAAGCUGCGGGAGACAAAGGGUGAGCUGGAGAAGCACAAGCAGGAGCAGACAGGCCAGCUGGAGAUGCAUCGAGCUAAGAUUAAGGAACUGGAGGAUCUAAAGAGGAGCUUCAAAGAAGGCAUGGAUGAACUUACCACUCUUAGAACCAAGGUCAAAUGUCUGGAGGAUGAAAGGCCUCGAUGGGAAGAUGAGCUUUGUAAAUACAGAGAGAUCAUUAACAGACAGAAGUCUGAGAUCCAGAACCAGCGUGAGAAGCUGGGGGACAUUCAUAGAUUAGAGGAGCAGCAUCAGAGAGAUGAGCAGGAGACAGCAUUGCUGAAGGAGGAGGUAGAGAGUCUGAACUUGCAGUUUGCAGAUCUACACAAAGAUGUACAGGGUGGCCGAGUGCGAGAGGCCGAGCUCCUGACCUUCACAGAGAAAAUGGCGAGUAAGAAUGCUCAGCUGCAAUCUGAGAACAACGGCCUGCAGACUCAGCUGGACCAAAUGACCACUAGGUCCAGGGAGCUGCAGAACAGACUGGAGGAGACUGAGAGGUCCCUGACAGAAAUGACAGCGAAGCUGAAGAGAGAGGAACAGCGAAUGCACGAUGAAGUUCAGGCUCUGAAGACAGAACGAGCUGCAUUGCAAGCAGAGACAGAGCAGCUGAAGACACGAGUAGAGGAGCUGAGAGACGAGUUGGUUACACAGAAAAGGAAACAAGCUGUCAACAUCAAGGAUCUGACAAAGCAGCUCACACAAGCACGCAAGAAGCUGGAGCAGGUAGAGAAUGGAGGCUGUGAUCGGGAGGGCAGCAGCAUGGGCAGUCGCUCCAGUUCCUCAGGCUCCCUUAAUGCUCGAGGCAGCAGUAUGGACGAUCGUUCUCCUGAGAACCAGUCGGGUUCAUCCGUGGUGGUGGACAGCUUUCCAGAGGUGGACAAGGCCGUGUUGGUGGAGCGUAUCGUACGAUUGCAGAAAGCCCAUGCACGAAAGAAUGAGAAAAUCGAAUUCUUGGAGGACCAUAUCAAGCAGCUUGUUGAAGAGAUCAGGAAAAAGACUAAAAUUAUCCAGAGCUAUGUGCUGAGGGAGGAGUCUGGAGCACUCUCGUCUGAGGCAUCUGAUUUUAACAAAGCCCACCUGAGUAAAAGAGGGGGCAUCAUGGCUUCUCUAUACACCUCACACCCUGCUGACAGUGGACUCACCCUUGACCUCUCACUGGAGAUCAACAGGAAGCUCCAGGCAGUGCUGGAGGACACGCUGCUCAAGAACAUCACACUGAAGGAGAAUCUCCAGACCUUGGGCUCAGAGAUAGAGAGAUUGAUCCAGCAACAGCGACCGGUUGAACCCGGUGUCAGGAAAAAAUGACAGCAGUGCUCUCAGCAGACAUCACAAAUGCGGAAGUUUACAAGGUGCUCUGAAAGACCAGGUAUUGUGGUUCACCCAGAGGGCUGGCAAGAAAAACAGAAACGCACAUACUGACACGCUCCGACAUUCUGUAUAACAAGCUGGGAAUGGAGCAAAGCAAACCACAAAUUGAGCGACCUCUUAUUGGACUUGAGUCCUCUCCAUCUGCUUGCUGUCGGACUGUCCUACACCAUCAUCACUCCCCUGUUAUUAUCAAAUGUGUACCUAUUGUGCCUGCCCUCUAAAGUACAUAAAUGAAUUGCACACUGUCAACCGAAUGAGGUGUGAAUGUAGAAAGCCUGGAUAAUGAAUGAUUAUUCAUUGAUUAUACAUGUAUGCGAUGAAGGUACUUCCACUUUCCUCUGAAGAGCUUGACCCUAAUAACUAAAAGAAAGCAGCUUCAGCAGGUAAUGGUGCAUUUUUGAAACGGAGAACGUCUUCAGACCUGCUCUAAAUCAUUAUCAUGCUGAAUAAAGGCCAAUGCUUCUUUUUUCUGGCCCCUUAUGCUUUUGUGCCAAUUACUGAAUGUGUGUAAAGUAGACACACUAAUGCAAACUCCCACAUGGUGGCUUGGAAAGAGGACAUGUUUUUUUUUUUUUGCCACAAGGCUUUCUUUUAGCCAGAUGCCAUUUUCUGAGUGAUGCACUUAUAAAAAGUCCAGAUAUCACACUGCAUGCACUUUUUUACAGGAUAAGGUGUCUUGGUACAGUAUAAAGCAGAAUAAUCCUAAGAACAUUGAGAAUAAUUUGAUGUAAUUAUCAUUGGUCUUUAAUAAGUGAGUUUUGUUUUUUUUUACCGUCCUAAAUUAAGUUCUUAUAAUUUGUGUUUUUUUUUUUUUUUUUUGUUCUGCCUGCUGAUUGGAAAUUAAUGUCUGCCAUUUGUUAUAGGGAGAAAAAAACUGUCAGGAUUUAUAUUGUCACGUUUCUUCUCCCUCUCUCUAUUUUUUUUUUUUUAUGUGAAACUGUUGGGAGGCUUAAUUAAAGAGCUGGUUUGAAGGAAUAAUUGGAAAAGACAAAUUAACAUUAGUAUAUAAGGAAAUCUGUGCAAAUCGUUUUUUUGUUUUUUUUUUAUGGGGGUUCUCUGAAACAGGCCUGAGCUGUGAUACCCACAGCAACUGUCCCAUUUAAGGCCCUAAAAAAGAGUGAAUUUGUGGUGGCAAAUUCUUCCAUUGGUGGAUUGAAUCCAGACUGUAUGAUUUUCUACAAGCUGUAUUCGGACUGCCUGGGGAGUUGCUGGCCUAGAGAUCUCUGCUCUGCAUAUUCAAGAUGUGAUAAGAAAUGUGUCAUUAGCUGCUUUAUUUUACACUCCCUUUCGUUGUUUUUUUUUUUUGUUUUUGUUUUUUUUUUUUCCGAAGGUAAAUGGUGAAGGAUUGUUUGGGAUGUGGCAAUGUACAGGGACCAUGCCUUCAGCUGCCAGCCUUUUCCACGUUUUAAACCCAGACAUAUGAAUUGUAAACCUUUGGCCCUAAGCUGCAAUGAGGAGAUUCAAAAUCAUGUACCACAUAACAACUUGAGGCCAGUGCUGGAAUCUUCACCUUUUCUUUCUAAACUCCAUCAUCCUAGACAUACCAGAGACAUUCCCUACAAACAAAGAAAGAAGAAAAUAUUGUGCAAUGUGAACAGAUAAAAUUGACUUUGGAGUCUAAACUCCAAAGAUAAACACUGUCAAUAAUCGUUUGAGUCCGUUUCAUAAUUUAUUUAAAUCUCCCUGUUAAAUUCUAUUAAGUAUGAAAUGACAAGAAUUCUCUUUUGAAGUAUGUGUGUAUGUGAGUUGUGAUCAAAACUGAUGAAAAUACUGUUGAAUCUUUUGCUGAUCUGUCAUCUGUGCUCUGUUCAAUUAAUGUAGUCAUACUGUGAUUAUACAAACUUGUAGAUAUGAUGUGAUGUAAAUGGUCAACUGUUUUUAAAAAUACAAAUCUUGAUUCCUUUAUGUAAAUAUGGUGCUUACAAGGAAUAAAAAAAAAACACCAAAACAACGAAA